AUGGGAGGGCCAUCACGCCCCCACACCGACUCUAUAUAUACAUGUCCUCCGCCGCCUUCCAUCUCUCAGAACACUAUCCACUCACCAAAUAGCAUCAUGGGCUAUUGCACCAGAAGCACACACCCUGUGCCACGGCACUACUCUUUCGGGCUUUGGCUUACGAGCAUUCUUUUGUUCACGGCGGCAACAACGCCGACGACGAAGGGGUUCGUAGAGGGCGAGAGGGACGCCCUCCUCGACUUCAAAACCGGCAUCGUCAAGGAUCCUUCCAGCCGUUUGUCAUCAUGGCGAGGCCUGUCCAGGCUCCGCUAUCUCGACCUAAAUUCACUAUAUGACUUAACGAUCGAUGGCCUGCACUGGCUCUCGCGUCUCACUUCCUUGAGAUACCUCGACAUGAGCUUUGUGAAACUUUCCAUGGCCUCCCACAAUUGGCUUCAAGCGGUGAACAUGUUGUCCUCACUGGAGGAGCUACAUUUACCAUACUGUGGCCUCACCGACCUCCCCUCUUCUCUUUCCCAUGUCAACCUCACAGCACUGGCCACUCUUGAUCUCCAUGGCAACCACUUCAACUCCACCUUCCCCGACUGGCUAUGGAAACUCCACAACCUCUCUUAUCUUGAUCUCAGUUUUUCUAUGUUUCAUGGUGCCAUAUCUGCUGGGAUUGGAAAUUUGACUGGUCUAAGAGAACUUCAUCUGAGUGAUAAUUCACUUUCAGGUCCCGUGCCCAUUGAGAUUGGAAUUUGUAAUAGUCUAAAACUUAUCUAUCUAAGUUAUAAUUCACUCUUUGGACCCAUACCUGUUGAGAUUGGGAAUUUGACUAGUCUAAGAGAGCUUUAUCUUGAUCAUAAUUCACUCUUCGGAGUCAUACCUGCUGGGAUUGGGAAAUUGACUGGUCUAAGAGAGCUUUAUCUUGAUCAUAAUUCACUCUUCGGAGUCAUACCUGCUGGGAUUGGGAAGUUGACUGGUCUAAGAGAGCUUCGUCUUAACGAUAAUUCACUUUCAGGUCCCAUACCCAUUGAGAUUGGCACGCUUUCCAACCUCACCGUUCUUUCUCUCUCCAGAGAAAUCCCAAUUGAAAUUGGGUCUCUUUCAAUGCUCCAAACUUUAAAUCUAUCAAGAAACAGUUUUGUCGGCCAAAUUCCAGCAGCAAUUGGUGCCAUGAAAUCAUUGGAAACUCUGGAUCUGUCAUUCAAUAAGUUAUCCGGAGUCAUUCCUCAAAGCUUUUCGGCGUUAUAUUCUUUGAGUCACUUGAAUCUGUCUUACAACAAUCUAUCGGGAGCGAUUCCAUCGGGGAAUCAACUUCGAACGCUGGAGGAUGCAUCCAUUUAUAUCGGAAAUGUCCAUCUCUGUGGACCUCCGGUGACCAAGAGUUGCUCCGACGAUCCCAACGUCGAUUCGACGGAGGAGGAGUACGAACAAGGAUCUCAUGUGCUGUCAUUUUACUUUGGUACCGGGCUCGGAUAUUUGGUCGGCUUAUGGAGUGUGUUCGUGAUCAUGCUGUUCAAGAAAGAUUGGAGGCUCUUCUAUUUUGCAACGGUGGACAAGAUGUACGACAAAGCUUAUGUGGCAAUCAAGAUAAGAAUGCGAAAUUGGCAUGACGCAGCUGGUCGAAUGUGA